AUGUCUCAGGGAGAUGCUUGUAAGCGCAAAAUGCAGAAUAAAGUCUAUAGUUUAAGGAAGCUAGGUACUGUUGGGAAUAAAAAGGUUAAACUUCGUGAUAUUGAUGCUUCUUCAGCACAUGAAAAGAAACUGGGGGUAAAGAUAUUAGCAGUAGAAAAAAAGGAAAAGGUUAAAAACUGGGACUUGGUUGUAAUGCAACAAAAGGAAGUGUCUCCCAUUCGUGGCAUUCUUAAGAAUCAUAAACAUAUUUCUGGAAGUACUUCAAGUGGUAGUAAUAUUCAAGAUGGUACUGAUGAAAGCCACUAUGAUGUUCAGGUGCCAUCAUUAGAUAAGCAUUUGGGAUUUUCUGCUGAGGAUUCGGUAGUUGGUUCGAAAAAGAGAAACUCGUUUGAUGAAACCGUGCUCAGUUUAUCUUCAGAUACACUAGCCUCUUCAUUUGGAAAGGAGCUGUCCUCUGAAAAUGUUGAAGGAACUGCAAAUUUAGAGGAAAGCAGAAAGGAUAACAUUGUCAUUAACACAGAUACGAGAAAGGAAGUUAGUCCUAUAGUUGAAAGUAAACAGUUUUCUAAUACACCGGGACAAGUUUCUGUACAAAAUUCUUUAAAGCCAUCUACCAAUCAAGUGAAAUCAAAGAACUUAUUUGAGAAGUCUGAAUCAUCAUCCCACGUGACAAUUUGUGAUAAUAAUUUACACCGACUUGACGGCAACACGACUACUAUGAAUGUUUCUCCACAUGGUGACGUUUCUAGAUCUCUUUCAGCAUUACAAGGGGGGCAGGCUUCUGGUAUAAAUGCACAAGCGUGUGAAUCUGAAGUUUUUAGUUACACUGGAAAAUUUAUUAAUCAUUUGGGAAGUCCAACUUUUCAGUCUACGCAUGCGAAUACAAGGACAUAUUUGGAGCCUUCACCCUCUUUUUCUGCUUCCUGUAUCGAAGUAAAUGAGAGACCAGAAUUUCCAUUGCAUACAUAUGGAAACAAGGAUAAUAAUGGCCAAGGUUUGGGUGGCCGAUCGUUUUCAGGCACGUUUUCUGCAGAUAUGAUCGAUAAUUCGUUUCUCUUGCCUGGUUGGGGGAAAGGAAGUGAAAGGAGUCGCUGCAUGGAGCAGAACUUUUAUGGUUUACCACUCAAUUCUCAUGGUGAGCUAAUCAACUUCAGUUCAAGUGAAAAAGUUGGGAUGAAUCAGCCAGAGACAUCAUGUACAUUAACUGGUUCUUUAAGAGCUCCUGUGAAUAGUAUUUUCCAUCAAAAUAGCCAGGACUAUUUAAGCAUUGGAAAUAGCCAUGUUGUUCAGAAGACUCCUCAAGAUCGAGGAAAUUCGUUUCCUCGUUAUUCAGGCAGUUGGUUAGGUGUUGUAGAGUUACAUGGCAGGGAGAAAGCAGAUAUCUACCCACAUAAUUCUGAUUGGUGUUCCAAUCACCAAGCCCAGGCAGUUGAUUCAAAAUUGAACCUUUUGAGAAACCCUUUCAUUGAACAGAAUCAACUUGACAAGGUGCCAAAUCACAAGGAAUAUGGAAUGAUUUCUCCUAGAGGAAGCCCGGGUCUUGUUUCACCUAUUUCCAGUCAACCAACAAUGAGGUUGAUGGGAAAAGAUGUUCCGAUUGGUAGAAACAGCAAAGGAAAGCAUCAUCAUUUUGGAGGAGUUCUUUGGGCUGAAGAAGAAUCCAGAAGACGGCACUAUUCUGUAAAUGCUGCUAUGGAUAAUUCUUUAUUAGGAAGAUGCUAUAUGCCUGAUUGGGUUGCCGGUUCUCAAUUACAGAGACAAACUGAGCAUGUGUUGGAAUCUGUGAAAAUUCGAAGCAAUCGAGCAUUACAAAGUACCUUGUUGAUGAAAGGUCCAAACUCUGAAUUUAUUAACCUGCAAAAUGGUCAUAUAUCCCAAAAUGCAAGCCUUGGAACCAGCAGAAAUACCAGUACUAAUGUGGAUCCUAUUUCCCAAGCACCUACUUCCUGUGCAAUAUAUAGUAGGCAACCAGAAGACUUGCCGGAGCAGUUUAUAUCUGGAGCUAUAAGUCAAGGACUCUGCUUUCAUCCUCAGGUACCAUCUAGUCCUUACGAUUUUCAUCAGUCUACUUUAAGCAAUGGUGAGAAGAAUGACUGGAAGAAGCACCAUGGUGUAACGAAUUCAGCUGUUGGAUUUCCUUUCUUGCGCCCAAUUGUUGAAGAACAGGCCAAAUCAUUCAAGAGGUCCUAUAUCAGUUUGCCCCCGUGGUCAUUAGACUCGACAUAUGAAAAGAUGCCUGGGUGCUCUACUAGUGUAAGUUUUCGACAAAAUGCAUGGAGAAAUGACUCUACUAUCCCAUCUGUGAAUCAGUCAGAUGUUUUGUAUCCUACUUCUGUGACUUCUCACUGUCCCAGGAGCGCCCUUCUUUGCCCAGCAUCUAUUGCUCAUCAUCCUCAUUCUCCACAUACUUCAGUUUCCCCCGUUGCCAGACCAUCCUCUGCCAUAGAUGGUUGUAGAAACAUAUUUAGGGUCACUGACAGAGUGAAAUUAGAUGUUAUGAUUGCCAAAGACCAGUAUCCAUGCACCAAAGCCAGGAAGAGACCCGCAGAUAAUACUUUUGAUCAUGCAAAACCUUACAAGUUAUCUAAUAUAGAAUUGCAGAAAAAAGUAAGUCCCAUGACUGGGCUGGCUCGAGAGACUUCAAGUACAAAUUUGCCGAGAAACACAAGAGAAGUUGAACUUAAUCUCCACGUGGGUGCAAGAAAAUGUGUCCUGAAUGAAGCUCAGAAUCUAAAUCCUAGAAGCCGUUUUGGCUUAGAUUCUUCUGACCGGGAUGGCGUGGUAAUGCCAGGUCCUGUGAAACUUGGUCCUGGUGCCAAGCAUAUUUUGAAAUCGUCACAGAAUCAGGAUAACUCAACACCGAUCCAUUCUGCCUUUCCUAUUGCUGCGACUACUGACUGUGGUAACGAUCUAGAACUUCAAGGAAAAUUGACAAAAAUGUAUAUAUUUUAG